AGGAACCUCACGCAGCCACCAGGAAUGGGGCAUGGGGGCUGCUCCUUUCCUGAUGACAUCCCCAAGGCACGAGAGGCCUCUGAUUCCUGGUCCAUGUCACAUCUGGAGCCAGUCCGGGGAGUGCAAGGUCUCUUUGGGAGUGUGUUCCAGCACUGAUUUUGAAGCUAGGAAAGAGGCCAGACUGGCUCUUGUAGAGGAGGGGCAGGGAAGGGGGCACCAAACCAUCUCUGGUCUGCCUGGCUGGGAGCUCUGCGCUGCCUGAAGGUGGCAUACAUAGCUGCCAGGAAAGGGUUGCAUGGAGGAGCCCUGGCUGAACACUACCCUGACAGGGGCAGGCUGUUUUUCCCCAGCCUGGGGGAGCAGAGCCAUGCUAGGAGAUGACCACUGGUAGGAUGAGGGGGCUCUGAGAGGGAGCUGCCAGCUGUAAGUCACUAUUACUCCACCCACCAAUUUCAUUACCCAGCUCCAGCUUCUAAAGCAAAGGGGCUUUGAGCACACAGCACAGGCCUUGGUCGCGUACUACUCAUCCCCAGUUGGGCGGUGUCAGAGGCCCCUGCAGUGGCCCAGCAGACCUGCUGAAGGUCCCUUUGCAACAAGUAGAGGAAGGAAGGGAGCCCAGAGCUAGCUCCUAUGGUGGUCCUAACCUGAAGAUAUCUGCUGCCACAGCCACAGCCCUAAAGCUGCCUUGGCACAGACCAGCCAGUGGAGAUUAAGGUUUGUCCGUGGCCACUACAUGCCUGGCAGCUGGUGAAACCUGAAACCUGCCCAGCCAGUAACACUUUGUGCUUUUUGGACACAGCUUCCCUGCCCCUUUUGAAAAGCCAGCAAGAUGACCUCUGCCUCCACACUGGAGAAACUGAGGCAUGGAGCAGCUGGGACUGGGAAUACAGGGGGCAGAUAUUCACUUGGCCAAAUCACUGCUGGCCAGAGAGCGUGAAUUUCCCCACAGUGUGAUCACAAGGUGCCCAGAUCCAAGCUCGAAGGCCCAGGAACCUGGUGGGGAUUUGAGCAGAACCCAGGAAUCCCAACUCCCAGCCAGUGUAAAUCAGCUGGGCUGGAGCUCUGGGGGCUCCUUACAGAUCCCCUCCUUCCCAUCACCUGCCCCAUUAGCGCCCCACCCCCUCUGGGUAUUCAAAGCCCCUAGUACCAAUCAACCUGCAGUGCUAUCCUGGCUGGAGAAGGGGGCGUAUCUGGCCCAGAGCCAGCCCUUGGCUGCCUCCCGUGGCCUCCUAUUUCUAGCAGCUGUUAAACUGGUUUCAUGCUCUUCCCUGAUUUGCAGCAAAGGCCAUGACACCCAAUCCUCAGGUCAAUGCUUGGGCAGCCCAGACAUGCAGGGAUAAAACAGAAAGGCUCUAGUGUCCUUACCCAGCUGGAUGCUGUGAUCUGCCCCAUGACACCAACAAUAGGUCAGGACUCUUGGGUUCAAGCUCCAGAAGGGGAUGAGGGUCUCAAGGCAGUGGCAGCUACACCCACUGGCAGUGGGAAGAAGAAGAGGUUCCCUGGAUGCUUUGGGAAUCAAUUGCCCUUUGGAGAAGCAGCUCAGGGAGUGACUGAUGGGAACCUUAGAUGAGUUUUCCCUGCUGUGGCUUGUGACUUAGUCCUGCCGUGUCCAAGCUGCACCCUCAGGACCCCUGUCAGGUGGUAGCCCUGUUCACAGCUCACACCAAGACUUCAGAGACAAGUGCUGUCUCACUGCACCAGGGGCUAGAGAACAGCCUGGCUGCACCUGGCAGCCUCAAAGGAGCCAGUCCCUCACUGUAGGGGAUACUGAGUGCCCCUCUCUGAACAAGCAGUGGCCAUGGGACCCCAGUCCCAUUCCAAGAGCUGGAUUCCCACAGAUUUGUGGCACCCAACCUGACCCAAGGGGCACAGGGUUGGUCCAGGGGUAUGAUCCAGCUCCAGCCCAACCCUGUGCACCUAGAUCCAAGAACAUCAGACCUGCCAUUCCCUGAGUCAAACCCUAACUCCAUCUUGCCCUGUCUCCUGUGUCACACUGGAGCAGAGAGCGGACGCUAGAAGGGAGAAUGAACUGGGUCUGCCCAGGGUUUUGUCCACUGUUCCUCUCCCACUUCUAUUCUCCAAAUUUUAAGGUCUAGGAAGUUGUGAUUCAGAGGUCCUGCCUCUCACUUUUGUGCUCAAUAGGUAAUGAUGCCCCUUUAAGACCAUGGGCAGACCCUUGGUGAAUGUAGCUAAAGACUCAGCUUCCACCACAACUGGUGGCAAUGAGGUCCACCCUUUUUAUUGAUGUGCUGGGUGAGAAAGAACUGCCUUGUGUUAGUUUUAAACUGAUGACCUACCAGUUUCAUGUGGUGACCCUUAUUCUCGUCUGAUGAGAGCUAGUUGAUAAUACAUACCUGACUUUCUCUUAACUAUAACAUUAAAACUGCCAUUUACUGGGGCAGACCCUAGCUCUACCUUGCCCAGUCUCCUGUGUUACACAGUGGGCUCUGCUGUGUCCCUCCUUGGCACACUAGUUUUAAACAUCUGACCUCUGCUCCCAUCCAUUAGGUCUUCAGUUGUGCCAAGCAAUCAAUUGCCAUUUUCUCAGUAGCCUCCCUCCCUGUGGAAGGCUUAUAGUUUCCCAUGGUGGGCCUUUAGUCCACAAACCCCUAAAGUGGCAAAUAGGCUCGUGUGAUACAGCAGCAGAGAACAGAUGCUGAAAGUAAGAGCGAACAAGGUGUGGCCUGGGUUUUUUCUCCCUAUUGCUCUCCCACUUGUAGCCUCCAGCAUUUAAGGUCUAGGGAAGUGCUUCCCAAAUUUCUUCAACAUGAACCCAUUUAUAGCCCUAUUUGCUCAGCAUGGCCCCUUAUUUCCAACCCACAGCCCCCCCACCCCUACAACGCCAUUUGGGCAACUGCUGUUCUAGGGAGCUCUGAUUCAAAGGCCCACCCGUGCUCAAAAGCUACUGAUGCCCUUUCCUCCAAGAACGUGUCCAGCCCCGCUUUGAAUCUGGCUGAACUCUCAGCUUCCACAUCUGGUGGCUACAAGCUCCACGCUGUAAUGAGGUGCAGGAUGAAGACCUGUCUUGUGUCCCUGUUAAGCCCCGGCUUCCCCACUCCAGGCAACAAACCCAUGUCGGUGCCUGGUAAGACAGAUACCCCUAGGCUCUCUUUGCCCUUUAGCGUCUCCAAAGCCCUCGAUGCCUGCCUCUCCUUUCUAAACCCAUCUCACGGAGCCGGGGCUUCAACCCACGGGGGCUGAUAUAGUCCCAGCUGGAUCCGGGCUGUGAGCAGAGAUCAUCCUCUCGAUCACUCCGUAGUCUCCACUUACAGAGGAGCCCAGGCGUCCUGCCUCCGCUUCCCGCCGCUGGGCAACUCCCCACGUGCUGCAAUACACGUGGAGGAUUCAACGGGCGCCGAUGACGGCAGCGGCGCGGGGUGAUGACGCAGCCGGAAGAGGCGGGGGAGGCAGUGCCGGAAGGGCCUGGAGCAGAGCUAGAAGCUUUUCACAAUGGGAGAAAGAAAAGGCGUGAACAAGUAUUACCCCCCUGACUUUGACCCGGCAAAGCAUGGCUCCCUCAACAAGUACCGGCACAGCCACCCGUUGCGGGAGCGGGCCCGCAAGCUGUCUCAGGGCAUCCUCAUCAUCAGGUUUGAGAUGCCCUACAACAUCUGGUGUGAUGGCUGCAAGAACCACAUUGGAAUGGGUAAGAUCUGCCCCCUCAGGGGAGGGCCCUGGACCUCUCCUUGCAGAAGGGCAGGGGCUUCUGACACACGUGUUGACAUGUGAUGUGUGGGGAGGGGAGCAGGGGCUGGAGCAGCCCCUGACACCCAUUUCCCUCUGCGCAGGCGUCCGGUACAACGCAGAGAAGAAGAAAGUGGGGAACUACUACACCACACCCAUCUACAGGUUUCGGAUGAAGUGUCACCUGUGCGUCAACUACAUUGAAAUGCAGACAGACCCGGCCAACUGUGACUACGUCAUCGUGAGCGGCGCCCAGCGCAAGGAGGAGCGUUGGGAUCCACAGGACAAUGAGCAGGUCCUGGCCACUGAACAUGAGGAGAAAAAGAAGCUGGAAACAGAUGCCAUGUACCGGUUGGAACACGGCGCCGCUGAUCAGGGCAAGCUGCAGCGUGCCCUCCCCACCUUGUCCAACAUCCAGGAGGCCCAGAGUGCCUGGAAGGAUGACUUUGCACUCAACAGCAUGCUGCGCCGCAAGUUCCGGGAGGAGAAGAAGGUGUUGCAGGAGGAGGAGGAGAAAGACCAGGCGCUUCAGGCCAAGGCCAACCUGAGCAUCCCGCUAGUGCGUGAGGCGGAGGAGGACCGGCGCCUGGCCACCCUGCUCACCUAUCGCAGCCCCGACUCCUAUGAGGACAAGCAGAAGCAGAAGCGCACAGAGAUCUCCAGCCGCUCCUGGUUCCCCAGUGCCAAGGCUGGCGAUGCACUCAAGCUGCCAGGUCUGGGCACAAAGACCUCUUCUUCUCCAGCCCCCUGUGACCACCUGGGCAUUGUGCGCCGCCGGCCAACAGAUGUCUCCCGGGGCCUGGCUAGCCUAGGGGAUGCCACAGAGACACCCUGCGCCCUCCCUACCUCACCAACCGCUGGACCCUCCGGCCCCCCUCACUCCCUGGUCCCAGACUACUCGGGCUCCGGCUCUGACUCGGAUGGUGAAUGACCUACCCCCCAUGAGUGCAGGCUGGGCACAGAGCUGUCCCGUUGCUGCACAGAGGACUCCUGGUUCCUGACAGAACCUCACAGCCGGCCUGGAGGAGCUACAGCUUGGCCAAGCCCCAUGCCUGGGCAUCAGUGCCCCCUUCAGGACCAACCCAGAGUGGCAUCUUCCUCCCCCUGCCUGGGUAUUUAUACAGCACCAUUUCUGUGCCCCCCCCCCCCCCCCCCCCCCCAAUCCUAGCCCAGACCCCUGUGCAAAGAGGGGAUCUCCUACCAAGCUCCCUCCCACCCCCAGCAUGACUUGGAGCCCGGUUCAUCGCUGCUUCAAGGAAAGAGGCAGCUCCCCUGGAGGCCUGGGGGCCACUGCCCUGGGUGGGGGCAUAGGCCCCCCCUGAAACUGGUUGCUGCUGCCAUCGGCUUCUGUGGACAGUUGCUGAUCACUCCUGAUGCCACUGCUGGUGGCUUCUGCAAGCAGUUGCUACUUGCCACCCUGCCGCCAGUGCUGCCACCUGCAAAUUGUGCCCCCCGGUCUCGGGAGGCACCAGUCGUGCGGGGCGGGGGCUGCCAGCCAAGCCCCCAGCUGGGAGAGAAGAAGGGAAUGGGUUUUAACAGCAAUUAAAGCCAUUUAAUGAAA